GGAAGUUGUCGUUUCGCCAUGGCAACAGGAGAGCAAGGCAGAUUUCCAGUGUUGUAAAGUUUGUCACUGUCCACUUUCCUCUCAUCUUUCCCCCUGUGAGACGUUUGUGGACGAUGGUGGAUGUGGGUGCUGAUCUGAGCAGUCUGUCUUUUGAUGCCGGACUCACUGAAGAUGAGAGACAGUUACUUCACCUGCGCGCGCGCUCGGCUGGACUGACAUUUUGCGGGUGCGCGCACGCAGUUUACCUGUGUAAACUGGUCCAGUCACUGAGAUGUGUCAUCACAGACUCUCCAGGAGAAGACAGUGACCUCUGUGUUGGGAUACUUGGGAUGGGUCACAUGGGGAAAAAGUUGCUCCUCUCCCUCCUUGAAAAGUCUGACAUCAAACCAUCACACAUUAAGAUCUCCAGUAAAAGACCAGAAAAUGCAGUAGAGUCUGUGCAAACAGGAGUUGAAUGUUUCUUCGACAAUCCCAGACUGGCCCGGUGGGCUGAUGUUCUGUUCCUCUGCUGUCUGCCCUCUCACCUCCCCAAAGUCUGUGCUGAGAUCCGCUCUCACCUGUCAAAGCGCUGCCUUGUGUACAGCUUCGCCUCUGCUGUGCCUGUCACCAGAUUGGCACAGCUUCUUGGACACGACUUCAUUCUCAAACCACAGUAUGACUUUGUGGCUUGUGACACUGCAGAUGUGUGGCUGUCCUGCACUCAUAUGACCGCAGCAUUGACGGAUCCUUUGCUGAUAGAGGCAUCGUGUCCUCUUACUAUGAGUCGUGGCAUUUCUCUGGGUCUGAACUGGGUGUGUGCGGUCUUGUACAGCCUGCUAAAUAUCUGCACCUGUGCUGGUCUGGGAUCCAGUGAUGCUCUCUCUCUGAUCAACGGCCUCUUUAAAGAGAAAUAUCCACACACUGUGGAAUUAAACGCACAGAGUUUCAUCAGUUCAUCGUAUACAUCUUCCCUUCUUACAGAGGAGCCUUUUCCAUGGAUUUCUCUCACUGUUGUGCAGACCAAGGAAACACCACUGCUGCGCUUUCUAUCAAGCAACAAAUAUUUGCAACAGUGCAUCUCUGCAGCAUACAAAUCACUGCUGGAGGAGACGCCAGAAAAAUCACAUAUUAAACUCUCAUGUAAAACAUAACCGUAUAUCCUCUAAAGAUGCUCGGCAUAGGUGUAGAUUUAAAGGCUGCACUUUUUUAUUUUUUAUUUUUUACAUGUAUUUUCAAGUCAUCUGUGGCGUUUCAUAAAUCACCGGUAUGGUCAAAAUUUGAACAAUGCAGUGUCCAUUUCAU